GUAUCAUGUUACACACCAGCAGAUCACCUCCAGCAGAGUCAGUCAGUCCUGCAGGGAGAGGCAGACUUCACACUUACAGUCGGUAAAACUGGACUUGUUCUGGACCUGGACCGGUCUUGGUCAGCUGCAGGCCUCUGGACCAAAGUGGAUGUCUGCUGGAAGGAUGAUGAGGGCAGAAAUGUGUUUGUCAUCUACAAACUGAGCUGGAUCUUCUCUCUUGUCUGAUUUUGACCGAUUAAAGUGGAUUUUCUGUCAUCAGUGGAACAAGAAGGUACUCUGAGCUGAGCCGGACGAAAGCUUAACAUCUGAAGAAACAGGUUGAGUCCAGUUUGAUCAUGCAGUCCUUGACUGAAGAGAUCCAGAGUUUUUCUCGGACACGGCUGAAGAAGCAAUGCACCCGUGUAACGUCCCUGAGCGGCCGUCGCAUCAUCGAGACGUGGAAGGGUUCAACGAUCACUGUGGUGGAAGAAGCCGUCCCCCCGGAGAAGAUGGUGGGAUAUGUUCCUGACACUUCCUGGGACCUGCAGGUUGGCGUUGUCAAACCUUUCCUCCUGCUGGGUUCUCAGGAUGCUGCACAUGACUUCGGCACUCUGAAAAAACAUAAGGUGUCUCAUAUCCUGAAUGUGGCCUUCGGAGUGGAGAACGUUUUCCCAGACCUGUUCAUCUACAAGACUGUCAGCAUUCUGGAUCUUCCUGACACGGAUCUGCUGCCUUACAUCCAGGAAUGCUGUGACUUCAUCCAACAGGCUCGCCGUGAGAAAGGCAUUGUGUUGGUUCACUGCAACGCUGGCGUGUCUCGUGCUCCAGCCGUCGUCAUUGGCUACCUGAUAUCAUGUGACGGCCAGUCCUUUAACGAGGCCCUCUCAUUGGUCAAAACGGCUCGGCCCGCCUCCUCCCCCAACCCCGGCUUCCUGGAACAGCUGAGGAGCUACAAAUCUCUAGCGAUGAAUGGGUCCCAACACUGAAGAUUAAGAGAAAAUGUUUAGGGUGGUUACAGUUUGAUAAGUGUGUGAUUGUAAUGAGGAAAUUUUAAUGUCAUUCCAAAAUUUGAAAUAAUUAUGAUUUAGUUUUAAUUAAGUUUAUUUUUUUCAUUGCUGACAUGCUCAUGUAGUGACCCAGAGUAAACAGAACAUAAUGAUGAUAAAUAUAUUAAAAGGUGAUCUGUAAAGAUUUUUUUUCAUCCAUAUUUACAGCAUAUUUUCUGGCUUUUGCCUGGUGGUAUUUGUGACAAAAUGGCAUUAAUUCUUUAUUUUGUGUGCUACUAAAGACAUCUCUCGUGUUUUUGAUUGUUUAAUUUUUUUCUGUAAUAUAACUGUGUAACAAGAAUGCAGCCACAAACGUCCCAUUUAAUUUAUAAACAUAAAAAAUGACUAUA